AUGGAUGGAGAGGCUACUUCUUGGAUCAGGAGGGCAAAUUUUUGUCAUACUGUUUAUUAUCGUAUGUCAAGCUUAGAGUCUGUCCAAGAGAGGACUUCUGGAUUGAAAAGAAUACCUCUGAGUACACCAUCGGAUUUGAACGCACUUGUAGCCAAUUCGCAGGGUACGCAACAGCCGAUGUGUUUGGAUUGUGGUAGUUCUGAAAUACUGAGAAAUCCAGUCACCAACAAAAAGAGGUCUGUUUCUCCUUCGCCUCAGAUGGCUCUUCCUGAUUCUUUUAAGGAAUCAAAGUCUGAUAUGAAGAUAUUUUCUACUCCACAUCCUACAAGAAUGGAACCCGAGAAGGGAACGAAGGCGAAGUUGUCCCGCAAAGAUUCCUUUGAGAAAAUAUCGUUCAAUCUACGGCCUCUAUCACACUCAGGUCCUAUUAGGGAUCUUGGUACGCUGAAGAUUCAAGAGGGGUCAAAGAGCAAGAAAGAGAAGAGGUCUUCAAAGUCUUUUAGUUAUGGAGGUUCUAAAGUAAGUGCAAUGGGAGGGCUUGACGAAUACCUCAUUGAUACCUCUAAGAUGUCCUAUGGGAAUAGGUUUGCACAAGGGAGAUAUAGCCAAGUUUACCAUGGGGAAUACAAAGGUGAAGCUGUUGCUGUGAAGAUUACCGAAGCGCCUGAAGAUAGCGAAGACAAAUUCUUGGGAGCUCGUUUGGAAAAACAGUUUACCAAGGAAGCCACUCUUUUAUCUCGAUUAAGCCAUCCUAAUGUUGUUAAGUUCGUGGGAAUUAAUAGUGGAAAUUGUAUCAUCACGGAGUAUUUGCCGCAAGGGUGUUUAAGAUCAUAUCUGCAGAAGUUCAAGCAUAAGUCCCUUCCUUUGCAACAGGUAAUUGAGUUUGGUCUAGAUAUUGCAAGAGGAAUGGCAUAUAUUCAUUCAAGAAAGAUAGUGCAUCGGGAUCUUAAGCCAGAAAACGUGUUGAUUGACAAAGACUUUAAUUUGAAGAUCGCUGACUUUGGCAUAGCGUGCGAGGAGGAGUACUGUGUGAUUUUGGGGGCUGAGACAGGAACUUUUAGGUGGAUGGCACCUGAAGUAUUAAGAAAGAAACCACACGGACAUAAAUCCGAUGUUUAUAGUUUUGGACUCGUUUUGUGGGAAAUGUUAGCUGGAGCAACCCCAUAUGAGGAGAUGACUCCUUACCAAGCUGCUUUCGCAGUCAUGCAGAGGAACAUCAGGCCGGUUAUACCGAGUGAUUGUCCAGCGGCCAUGAAAGAGCUGAUUGAGCAGUGUUGGUCGGAGGAAACAGACGAGAGACCAGAAUUCUGGCAGAUUGUGAAAGUGUUGGAACAGUUUGACAAGUCUCUGAAAAGCAAGGGGAGGCUCGAUCUCAUGCCGAGCCAGAUCUGUCCAGAACGAAAGAAAGGUCAUAAAUACUGGAUUAAGAUAUUCGGGUCAAUCCACCACCACAGCAGCAGCAACAGCAACACCUUAGUAGGCUCAGCCUUGCCUAAGCCUAAAUUCGCUUGA